UCUCGAUUAAAUUGUAAGCACAGUUGGAUUCUCUAUUAACAAAUAAGAUGUACCAACUAGCGUAUAGGCAUAUUCGCAUUCGAAGUCUAACCAGCCGUACAGACAAAAAAAGAAGAGAUUAACAAGGUUCAAAGUUUUGCGCUAAUAUAAUAUUGGAGUUGAAUAUCUACUAAAUGGGAUUUGUGAAUUGACGGCGAUCUGUGACGACUCUGGAAACUUUCAUCAAUUUACUGGCUGGUUGUACAAUCUCUGCCAUUUAGGCAAUCUCAGUUCUGUGAAUUGAAGAUUGAUGAUUUUGGUGCGGUGAUUCGAGGCAGCACCGAAUUAGCGUUCGUCUCGUAUCGAUUGGCCUUGCCUCAUAAUCGCCAUCGUUCACGAACAUUUUCCGAAGUUGAUGAAGCAAGCCUUUCAACCUUUGAAAUAUUGUAAUCCGAAAUAUUACAAUCUCGAAGAUUGAAGAAAAUAGCUGGUAUUCCGAGAUUACUUACAAACCAUUACACGCAAGAGAGAAAUAAUAAUGUGGAAUGUGGAUCACGACGGUUUAUUUUGAGGUUUAAUCCACUCGUCCUUGAUAUGCAACGCUGCUUUUCCUGUUCCUAAAUUAUGUGGAAAAUGGCAUAUUUAGCUGCGUUGUUUGUACCGCAAACAACCCAUCGAGAUAUUGUAAUAAGAUACACUAUCAAUAAAAGGACGAAAUGCAAGAGGGCUUCGAUAAUGUCGCUUUCCAAAUAGACGAGCCUCAUAUCGUCAAAAAUGGCAAAAGAACGUAUUAUAUCGGAGAUUCGACGAGCAUUCUGGAUAUACAGGCCAUCGAGCCAGGAAAGGAACGCGCGACAUGGAACAACAGCGUGGAAUUUCUCAUGUCAUGCAUCGCCGUGUCGGUUGGUUUCGGCAAUAUCUGGCGAUUCCCAUUCACAGCUUACGAGAACGGUGGGGGCGCCUUUCUCAUACCGUACGUGAUUUUGCUCUUUCUGGUGGGAAAACCAUUCUACUUCCUGGAGAUGAUCAUCGGACAAUUUUCCGGCAAUUCGUCCGUCAAAGUUUGGAGCAUGUCACCAGGUUUCAUUGGAGUCGGAUGGGCGCAGUUCUGCUCAACUAUUGCGUUAGCGACCUAUUACAGCUCGCUGAUGGCAUUGACAUUUUAUUAUCUGAUUGCUUCUUUUUCCGCCGAGUUACCUUGGGCUACUUGUCUAAAGGAAUGGGGCGAUACAUGUGUCGACUCAAGUACAAAGAGAAAUCACAGUACAGCGGAAGAAAGCGCCGAUAUCCUCGAUAAUCUGUUAAACGGCAGUAGCAAGCUUCAAAGCUCGGCUGAAUUAUAUUUUUCACGAGUGGUUUUGCAUGAAAAAGAGAGCAUCGACGAUGGAAUCGGAUGGCCGGAUUGGAAGUUGACGCUCUGCCUUCUUGCUAGUUGGGCGACGGUUUGCAUGAUACUCUUUAAAGGUGUAAAAAGUUCCGGAAGAUUUUCCUAUUUUCUUGCCAUUUUUCCGUACAUCGUAUUGAUCUCACUGCUAAUUCGCGCGGUUACAUUGGAUGGCGCGAUGAGCGGGAUCCUUUACUUUAUUACCCCGAAAUGGUCGAAACUCUUGGAGCCGACCGUCUGGUAUGCCGCAGUAACGCAGUGUUUCUUCUCACUUUCCGUGUGCUUCGGCAGCAUCAUUACAUACUCUUCGCACAACGGUUUCAAGCACAACAUCUACAGAGACGUGAUAAUAAUUACCUCGCUGGAUACAAUUACGAGUUUCUUGGCUGGCUGCACGAUAUUCGGGAUUCUCGGCAAUCUGGCGUACGAGUUAGGAAUAGAAGAUAUAUCCAAAGUAGUCAAAGGUGGAGCUGGUCUAGCCUUUAUAUCGUAUCCAGACGCAAUAGCAAAGUUUAGCUUUCUGCCGCAGCUAUUCGCUGUACUGUUUUUCAUAAUGAUGUUUGUCCUUGGUGUCGGUAGUGCUGUCGGAAUGAUGACGGGAAUCAUCACAGUAAUAAACGAACAAUUUCCAAAGCUGAAGACUUGGCAAAUUGUUGUUCCGACUUGUUUUCUAGGAUUCUUAAUUGGCACAAUUUAUGUAACACCAGGCGGUCAGUUUAUCCUAACUUUAGUGGAUUAUUACGGUGCUUCAUUCGUUGUUUUCAUCUUGGCAUCAUUUGAAAUGACCGGAGUGAUAUGGAUAUAUGGAUUUGAAAACUUUCUGGAAGAUGUAGAAUUUAUGUUGGACCGACAACCGAGCGUCUACUGGAGGAUAUGUUGGUUUAUAGUUACGCCAUUAAUUUUAAUAUCAAUAUUUAUUUAUACAAUAGUUACUUUAUCGCCUUUAACUUACGGUGGAAGAUUAUUGCCGGAAUCCGCACACGCAGCCGGAUGGACGAUACUUUGUAUAGGUGUUCUUCAGAUACCGCUAUGGAUGCUGAUCGCGAUGCUGAAGAAUCGAAAAUUGCCGCUCGCGCAGAUGUUGAAGAGAGCUUUCGUACCUGCGAACGGAUGGGGUCCACGAGAAGUGCAGCAAUGCAAAGAUUGGAGAAUCUUCAAGGAAGAGAGAGCAAAAGCUCGGGAGAAGCGAAUUCAGCCAAUAUGGAAACAGAUACUUUAUAUUCUUUUAAACAUGGAACCAAAAUAGAAUAUAAAUUUUAUAUAUAUUAUACGAAUUUAUACAGUUGUCUCUACCAUGGCAAGAUUGAAAAAGAUUUAAUUUCUUAACUGUGCACACGCAAAUUAUUGUAUUUUAUAUUUCAUGUUUAUUUCAUGUACAUAUUAUUUCAUGUCGUGACAAAAUUGCUAGAUGAUUGUAAUUUUGUAUAGAGAUAAGAUUAUUAACAUAUUAGAUUAUUAAAUUGAAAGAAAUAUCACCUUAUACAAUACAUAUGCAUAUUUAAUGUAUUAGAAUAUAUUAUAAUUCCAUGCAGUUGCAUUAAGUAAUACUGUAGUUAGAGAGCCAAUAUACAUAUGCAGUUGGCUUCAUUAACACGCGCUUUCGUAUAAAUUCAUUUCCGUUUGUACAUAUAACGUUAUAUGUACUAUGUGUAACGAGCAACUCGCAAUAAAGAGCUGCGAUAUAACUUUGAAACCAUUUUACUCUAUAGAUCACUAUAUAAAGAUCACGGUGAUUAAUAAAUAUA